CUUUGAAAAAAGUAAUUGACCACUUCUCCCAACUUGUGCUCGCAUGUGUCGGCGGAAGCUUGACGCCGCCAUGUUCCAGAGAAGGAGGCGGGCGAGUUCAGGGAAAAGACGGAGCCACCCUGUCAAUCCCAUAAAGGAACCACGGUAGGGGUAAACUGGUAGGAAAAGCUCGGCUAGUGGAGACACUCGAAUCGGGGCUUCUUGUUGUACCUCGUGGUUGCGGCGGCCCCAUUCCUCCUUCACCGUCACUACAGUCCCACCACCACCCCCGAAAACUAUGAACCGGCGCGGCUCGGUGGGACCUUCGCGUUGCGUCCCGCCAACCGGGAAUCGCAGCACUUUUUCGGGCUUCAACUACUAAACGGAACUUAGCACGGUUUUUUUAUUCUUGUCAUUUUAUUUUGGGAGGUGUGUUUGAAGGGGGUGGGAAGCGUCACCGAGGAGGCUGCUUCAGCGUUUAUUCGACAUUUCGACUCCCAACAGGCGACUUUCGAAGGACCCACUGGCACAAAAGGACACUCCCAGAGGGCUCCGUAGAGCUCAAUUCUCUUGCCGAACUCCCAGACGGGGAGAAAAGCCAGCCAGCAGCAGCAAUGAGCGGGGGAGACGUGGUGUGUUCAGGGUGGCUGCGAAAGUCACCGCCGGAAAAAAAGUUGCGACGUUACGCAUGGAAGAAGCGGUGGUUUAUGCUUCGCAGUGGCCGUUUGACAGGUGACCCAGAUGUGCUGGAGUACUACAAGAAUGACCACGCCAAGAAGCCCAUCCGCGUGAUUGACCUCAACUUGUGCGAGCAGGUGGAUGCCGGGCUGACGUUCAACAAGAAGGACUUGGAGCACAGCUUCAUCUUUGACAUCAAGACCAUCGACCGUGUCUUCUACCUGGUCGCUGACACGGAGGAGGAGAUGAACAAGUGGGUGCGCUGCAUCUGCGACAUCUGCGGCUUCAACCCCACCGAUGAGGAGGCUGCCAAAGCUGGCCAUCAGUCGGCCAUCGGGGGCCUGGUGGUGGACACCCCUCCGCAUACGGCGCUCGGCAACGUGAUGGGAUCGGCGGCGGCGUUGCUGUCCGCCGUGCCGCCUCCCUACCAACCAGUCAGCGUGCGACAUCUUGACUCCCAAUCCAGCACGGAGGAGCCCCAGGAUUACUUGUGGCUGGUCAAUUGUGAGAGCAAAAAGCCGGACGCUAACAGCUCGGUGCCGCUUCGCUCGUCUCUGGAGGGCAACCGGGAGUAUUUGCUCCUGGAGGAGUGCGAGAGCAGGACUCUUCCUCCACAGGCUAGUCUAGCCCACGCUGAGUGUUCCAAGUCUACCUCCUCCGAGACGGACCUGAACGACAACCUCCCGUCGCACCGAACGCCCACGUCAUCCACGUCGUCGGCCAAGCACAGCUCUCAGAACGGCUUCUUCGCCGGGCACCCGGCCCCGGCCUCCGCUUCGUCUCUGUAUGACUCCCCUCCGUCGCGGGGCGCCUCCCUCCUGAGUGACAACGGCCUUUACCACCUACCCCGAAGCUACUCUCAGGACACCGUGCUUCUCCCCAAAUCGGCCUCGUCCCCCACGGCCCACCCGGAUCUCGGCGGCGAGGGCUCCGAGCUGUACGUCUUCAACACGCCCUCGCGGAAGGCCUCCGUGGAGUCGCAGAUGCGCAACCUUUCCAUCAGCUACGACAUCCCGCCCACGCCCGGGGCGAACUCCACCUACCAGGUCCCCCGCACCUUGUCGUCCUCGGAGGGCGGCGGGGACGUCGUGCCCCCUCCCAGGCCACCCAAGCCCACCUCCGGACCCCCGCCGCCCCACGCCGAGCGCUCCCCAACAGACACUUACUACUUGCCCCGCUCGGCCUCAGAGACCGACGGAAACUACUGUGUGCCAACAAGUGCCGGGAAUAAAGCUUUACGCAGCAACACUAUCGGAACUGUCGACUGUUCGCGGCUACGCAAAGAUUUUGGUUCCCAGGACUGCUACGACAUUCCCAGAUCAUUCCCAUCUGACAAGAGCUGCUCAUUCGACUUCAAUGAAAGUUUCAACAGCUACUUUAAAAACAAAGGCAUGGUACCCGUGGGCAGUCAGUCCACUGAGGACGUGGACCAGAACUACGUUCCCAUGAGCGCCAAUUCCCCGUCCCACCACCACUCGGGCAGCCUGUCGGAGCCCGUUCACGAGACCAACUACGUGCCCAUGACGCCGAGCACCAUGGAGUUCUCCUCGCUGGGCAAGCAAGUGCCGCCACCCGCCCACAUGGGCUUCCGUUCCAGUCCAAAGACGCCGCCGCGGAGGCCCAUGCCCAGCGACUGCCAGCCCCCGCCCGUGGACCGAAACCUCAAACCGGAUCGCAAAGGUCAGAGUCCGAAAGUAAUAAGAGCAAAGGGUGUCGGUUUAGAGCGAACCGAUUCCCAAACUGUAGGAGAGUUCCCGCGGGGAAGACGCAAGGGGAAACCCGCUCCACUGGAGAUCAAACCCUUGCCUGAGUGGGAGGAGCCCUGCACGCCGGUCCGCUCGCCCGUUACUCGCUCCUUCGCUCGGGAUCUCUCUAGGUUCCCCAUGCCCGCCCGGCCCCCGUCAGUGCAUAGCACCGCCUCCAGCACUGACUCCGAGGACAGUGAUGAGAAUUAUGUAGCCAUGCUCUCUAAUAUGAAGAACCAGUCAGACGAACCAAGCACAAAACUGGGCGCCCCAAUGACGGUGGACGGCGGGAGCAGCCCCAUGGUGAAGCCCAAGGGAGACAAGCAGGUGGAGUACUUGGAUUUGGACCUGGACUCCGGCAAAUCCACUCCACCUCGGAAGAUGAAGAGCAACGGCUCCGGCAUGGCGGCGUCGGACGAGCGCGUAGACUACGUGGUUGUGGACCAACAACGGACGCAAGCCCUCAAGAGCACCCGCGAGGCCUGGAACGACGGCCGCCAAUCCACAGAGACGGACACGACAUCCAAAGGAGCCAAGUGAACUAUUUUUUUUUUUUUUCCCCCCAUACACCCAAACUACUCGUCCAUCACGGCGUUUCUGCAGCCACUCCCAUAUCUUCUAGUUUUUGCACUGUCGGCGGGAUUUUGCGGAAGUUGGCGAAGCAACCGGACCAACCACGCUCAUUCGUCAACUUUGACUUGCAGGGUUUUUCUAUUACCACUGGUCGAAAGACGCUAGUUGCGAACAGCGACGGGAAAGAAUUUCUUGGGGGGGGCGGAACUCGUAAGUGUCACUGAGGGCUUCGUUUGGAGUUUGGAGUUUUGCUUGCGGUUGCAGUCCGUUGGCAUAGCGGACGACUGUACAAAAAGUGUUAUGUAUAUAAAUCGGAAGACGUGUCCUUUUUAUUUGUCCGGAAUAUUUAGCAUGUUCGACUCGGAAGGUGCGCAGAUUCUGCAGGGUAGAAUCCUGGUGUACGGUGACGACGCACCGUUCUUGUUGAUGACGGCGAUUAUCAGACUCUAAUCGACUGUGAGCUUUUCCAACAACGCCGACACUUUUUCUAUAAGUUAUGCAAAAGUUAGCAAACAAGUUCCGAGCGUUGAAAUCAGGUACGCAUACUAACAAACUAUAAAAGUCAACACUAAUUUAUUUCAGCGUAAGUAUUCUCUGGACGUCGAAUGUUUCCACGGUCCAAUUGCCUCAUUUCUGACCCCUCUUCGGUUUAUUUCAGACUGGUUACUAUCGUCAGGAACAUAAAAUGGCCUUACUAACCUGUGAAACAUCCCAAAAGUGUGCCGUCAAAGCUGUACAUAUUAUUAUUUUUGCCAUUGAUUAAAUUUAAAGUGUAUCUUUUUUUUUAAGUGCCUACUUAAAAAAAAUAAUAAAUUGACCUUCAUUCGACUUUUGGGUUCCGCCUGCAGUUUCUUUGUGAUAAUGAGCUGCCAAGUGGAUGAUGCUUUUUUUUUU